ACGGUUGAAGAAAAAACAAAGCACAGCAGUAAGGCAGUGGAAUAUUUAGAAAAACAGUAACCUCAUUGUGGUCUUGGAGCAGUUAACAGUUUGUUGUGGGCUAAUUAGAGUAUUGUAAUCCUCUUAUAGGCUGCAAGCAGCAAGCUAACUUUGUGCCCAGUGCAGAUUGACUGUGUUUCUUCUAGACGAAUUGCAAGUGCAAUAUGUGCUGUUGGCUCUUUAUUUUGGCAAAAUAUGCGCAUUUCUCUCCUUGAUGAUAAUAUUGCAAAAGCUGAAGUGGAAGCUUUCGUUCUUUAACUGAAUGUCAAAAUGUUUGGGGGUGCAACUAAAAUGUGGUUUGGUAAAAUUCAAAAGCCUGAGAAGAAACCGUGGGGAAAGAGAAGUAAGUGGGCUGCUAAAAUACUGAAGCACCAGAGAGAGAGGAUACUGAAGGAACUGGAUGUAAACAAGGUGCUACCAUACUUGGUUUAUGAGAAGGUGUUUUCCUUGGGGGAAUACAAGGAGAUUUUGACCCAGGAGAGCAGCUGGAAAAGGGCUGAGAUGUUUCUUGAGAAGCUCUCUUCGAAGGGUCCCACUGCUUUCUGUGCUUUUUGUGUUGUGCUGGAGGAGGUGUGGCCUCAUUUGCUUACCUGUUUUCUUCUGGAAGGUGAUGAUCAAGUUCCGGGAAUAAAAAAAUCAUGUGUCAAAAAUAAAAAGAGGGAAGAGGCGCGCAUGGCCCCACAUAAUCAAGCACAUGUGAGGGAACAAUCUGUGGUGCAGCCACCCACUCCUACUGUCGCUCUGCCAGGGCCCUCCAGUGAUCACAGGGUAACUCCAAGCUCAGAUACCUCCAAUGCUGGUGCCUCUUCUGGAAGUCAGGGUAAACCUUCCUUAAGAAGAAUCAAGGGUCGCAUCCACAGAAGCAAAAGCCUAGAUAGUAUUGAGCUUCUUGACUCCAAUAGUGGAGCUAUGGAGGAAACUGUAAUAUGGGAACAGCACACAGUGGCCCUUCACAGGGCUGCCGGGUUUGGAUUUGGCAUUGCAAUUUCAGGAGGCAAAGAUAACCCCCAUUUUCAGAGUGGUGAAACCUCCAUUGUAAUAUCAGAUGUGCUGAAAGGAGGCCCAGCUGAGGGUCUGUUACAGGAAAAUGAUCGUGUUGUUAUGGUCAAUGCUGUUUCUAUGGAUAAUGUAGAGCAUGCCUAUGCUGUUCAGCAGUUGCGGAAAAGUGGAAAGAAUGCACAAAUUACAAUCAGACGGAAAAAGAAGGUUCAAAUUCCGGUGGCCAGGACGGAGCGCGAGACAGUGUCGGAGCAUGAAGAGGACAGCUACGAGGAUGAGGCGUAUGAUGAGACGAGUGCGAGAAGCGGCCCCAGUGCCUACAGCAGCAGCAAGAGGAGUGAGCGUAGCAUGGCAGGGAGGAGGGAUCGCAGUGCGAGCAGAGAGCGCAGCUUAUCACCACGAUCAGACAGGAGGUCUGUGGUUUCAAAUCUACCACCGAAACCUGCAAAAGUCACGUUGGUGAAAUCCAGAAAAAGUGAAGAAUAUGGGUUACGCUUGGCAAGUCACAUUUUUGUGAAAGACAUCUCCCCAGAGAGCCUGGCAGCAAAAGAUGGCAAUAUCCAAGAAGGAGAUGUUGUAUUGAAAAUAAAUGGCACUGUGACGGAAAACCUCUCCUUGACAGAUGCUAAGAAACUAAUAGAACGGUCAAAGGGUAAGCUAAAGAUGGUGGUUCAAAGAGAUGAGCGAGCGACUCUACUCAAUAUACCGGACCUGGAUGACAGCAUUCCUUCUGCUAAUGCUUCAGAUAGAGAUGACAUUUCAGAAAUUCAUUCACUGGCAUCAGACCAUUCCAACCGAUCCCAUGACCGAUCGCGCCGCAGUCGCUCCCGAUCUCCUGACAGGAGGUCAGAACCCUCAGACCAUUCCAGACAUUCUCCACAGCAAAUCAGCAAUGGCAGUCACAGGAGCCGGGAUGAAGAGAGAAUAGCCAAACCCGGGGCGAUAUCGACGCCUGUUAGAAUUACAGAAGAAGCAGUAAUAUCUAAGAUUGCGGAGCAGCCUGUGGCUAAAACCUUUGAGGAGAGAUCAGAAAAACAGAUCCCACCUCUGCCAGAGCCUAAGCCUGUGUAUGCCCAGCCUGGUCAGCCAGAUGUGGACCUUCCAGUAAGCCCUUCUGACGCCCCCAUUCCCAGUGCAGCUCAUGACGAGGGCAUGCUCAGACCGAGCAUGAAGCUGGUGAAGUUUAAGAAGGGUGAGAGUGUGGGUUUGCGCCUCGCUGGUGGGAAUGAUGUUGGGAUAUUCGUAGCUGGGGUUUUGGAGGACAGCCCUGCUGCGAAAGAAGGCCUGGAAGAGGGAGAUCAGAUUCUCAGGGUAAAUAAUGUUGACUUUGCAAAUAUAAUUCGUGAAGAGGCAGUUCUGUUCCUCCUUGAUCUUCCCAGAGGUGAAGAGGUCACCAUUUUGGCUCAGAAGAAAAAAGAUGUGUAUCGCCGGAUAGUGGAGUCAGAUGUUGGGGAUUCCUUCUACAUCAGAACCCACUUUGAGUAUGAAAAGGAAUCCCCUUAUGGACUGAGUUUCAACAAGGGAGAAGUGUUCCGUGUUGUGGACACUCUGUAUAAUGGGAAGCUAGGCUCAUGGCUGGCAAUUCGCAUUGGCAAAAAUCAUAAAGAGGUGGAAAGAGGCAUCAUUCCUAACAAAAACAGAGCCGAACAGUUAUCCAGUGUCCAGUACACUCUUCCCAAGACCGCAGGAGGUGACCGUGCAGAUUUCUGGCGAUUCCGUGGCCUUCGCAGCUCCAAGAGGAACCUUAGGAAAAGCAGAGAGGAUCUCACAGCCCAGCCUGUUCAAUCCAAGUACCCAGCUUAUGAAAGAGUUGUGCUCAGAGAAGCUGGUUUUCUCCGACCUGUGGUUAUCUUUGGCCCCAUUGCUGAUGUGGCUCGUGAAAAGCUGGGAAGAGAAGAGCCUGAUUUGUUUGAGUUGGCAAGGAGUGAGCCAAGAGAUGCUGGGACUGACCAGCGCAACUCUGGCAUUAUUCGCCUCCAUACAAUCAAACAGAUCAUUGACAGAGAUAAACAUGCUGUUUUGGACAUUACCCCGAAUGCAGUGGACCGAUUGAAUUAUGCGCAGUGGUAUCCAAUUGUAGUGUUUCUGAACCCAGAUAGCAAGCAGGGUGUGAAAAACAUGAGGACAAGGCUGUGCUCAGAGUCAAGAAAAAGUGCCAGGAAGCUGUAUGAGCGAGCCCUUAAGCUGAGAAAAAACAACCAUCAUCUCUUUACGUCCAUCAUCAAUAUGAAUUCUAUGAAUGAUGGAUGGUAUGGAGCACUGAAGGAGACAACUCAGCAACAGCAGAACCAACUAGUUUGGGUCUCUGAAGGCAGGGCGGAUGGAGCUCCGGAUGAUGACCUUGAUUUGCAUGAUGACCGCCUGUCCUACCUUUCUGCUCCAGGGAGCGAAUACUCCAUGUACAGCACUGACAGUAGACACACAUCUGACUAUGAAGACACAGACACUGAAGGGGGUGCCUACACUGACCAGGAACUCGAUGAAACUCUUAAUGAUGAAGUUGGCCCACUUCCAGAAUCUGCCAUUACAAGGUCCUCUGAGCCUGUCUGUGAAGAUCCACCAGUAAUCCAAGAUGCCCAGGCUUACCCGCCCUAUCAGCCCCCGGUUCAGCCCGACCCACUCCCCAGAACAAACUCAACUGGGUUCAAAAUACCAGCAUCUCAGCAGAAAGCUGAGGCUGUUCCUGUCAUCCCUAACCUUCCCCAUCAACCUGAGCCUAUUGCUGUUGUGUCAGCGCCCUCUGCUGUUGACAACACUGUAUAUGUAGCUGGUAUGAAUCAUGAGGAGCGUGCUCCAGCCCCUCAAAGCACCUACAGCCCCCAGGCUGGCUCUCUUAGGAGGCCCACCCAUGAACUAGCUCGAUCAAUGCUAAAUGAUCCGGAACAAUCCAGAUCACCUCUUGCAGAGCCACCAAAGCAGAUGUACAAGAAAGAUCCUUAUGGCGUGGAUGAGCCUCUAAGACAGAACCAUGGUAUAAAAGAGCCAGUUGUGGCUCACCCAGUGAAUAGAUAUGAACAAGAGCCACCUCCAAGCUAUGCACCACAGCCUCAGUAUCAGGAUGAACAGCCAUAUAGAGAUUAUGAUCAGCCACCAUAUAGAUAUGAGUCUACAGGUAACUUUAUGGAACAGAAAUCUCGCAGCUAUGACUCACACCUGCAAUACGAAACCCGUGUGCCCCCCUAUGAUGACCAGUGGUCACACUAUGAUGAAAACCCCUCCCAGACCUACCCAGCUCGAACUCCGUUUGAGAACCAGCAUCCCCAGGACUAUGAUCCAAGGCUGCACUAUGAAGAAAGCACAGAGCGUGAAUACACCCUGCCACAGCCCCGCUACGAAGAGCCGUCCCCUCUGGGAUACGACAACCGACCCCGCUAUGAACAGCCAGCGAAGAGCUACGGCAAACCAGUACAGCCCCGGUAUGAAGAACAGCUCCGCUACGAAGAACAGCCCCCUAUCGGGUAUGAAGCACGGCCUCGUUAUGAACCCGAACCACAUGCCUUUCCCCCUCCUGUUUCCAGGUCCCCUGAACCCAAUCCGUACUAUGACCCUCCAGUAAGGACCUAUACACAAGGCCCUCAAAGGGGGUACAAACCAGGACAGUACGAGCCCCCGCUUAAUGCAGAUGCUGCUCUGCCACCACCUCCACAGCCACAAGCUAAACCAGAACCACCGAUUGCCUCCACCAAACCACUGCCCCCAACCCCAGCGACGGAGCCGGAAGAUGAUCCUGCCAUGAAGCGACAGUCCGUGCUCACCAGAGUAAAGAUGUUUGAGAACAAGAGAUCCGUGUCGGUGGACAGGGCCAAGGAGUCUGGUGACCCUGCUGCUGUCCGGUCUGCAGAAGUAGCCCCCAAGCCCGUUACUGGACCAACAACUGUUCCUAAGGCCAACUCUCUGAGUCGUCUAGACCAGGAAAAGCCACCAUACAGGGCACCUGAGCCUCAAAAACCUCAAACCAAACCCCCUGAGGAUAUAGUCCGCUCAAACCACUAUGAUCCCGAAGAGGAUGAGGAAUAUUAUCGGAAGCAGCUCUCGUACUUUGAUCGCAGAAGCUUUGAUAGCAAACCAGCUCCUCAGCCAACUCAGCCAGCAAAUCGCUUCCCUGAUCCUGCCAAACCAGUCCAGCCUCAGACACAGUCCAACUACUCCAACUAUUCUUCCAGAUUUCUUGGCUCUUACACUAACUAUGACUACCUGAAAAGGAAUCAGAAGUGGGGUAAACCAGCAGAAUUGGAGCCUGUGGAUAAAAUCAGUGUUGUGGAAAAGAGAUACGAGCCUGUGCCUCAGGUUACUCCUCCUCCAUCCCAGUAUGGACUGCCUUCACAGACUCUGUCAAACCCAUCUGUACCUCCACCCGUACUCCCCAAACCCCCGCUGUCUGAAGUCAGCUCACUGCAAUUGGACGUACGCAGUUCCCCCAAGUCCAAACCUGAACCACCCACUCUGCAGACUAAACCGACCACAGUAAAGCCUAACAACAGAGAGGACACUGUGCAGUCCAACUACCUUCAACAGAAGAGCUUCCCUGAAAAAGCCCCAGUUAACGGAACUGACCAGCCUCCGAAGCCAGUCACCUCCAGCUACAAUCGAUUCAACCCAAAACCGUACACCAGCUCAGCGAGGCCGUUUGAGAGAAAAUUUGAGAGCCCAAAAUUCAAUCACAAUCUUUUGCCCAAUGAUACGCAGCAAAAACCCGAACUCCAGACCAAGCCCCAGAGCACCCCACCUCAGCCUCCGGUGAAACCACAGAGUUUCCCACAGCCUGCUGAGUUUGACAGUGGAAUGGAUACCUUUAACAGAACGACAGAAAACCAGCCCAAAUAUCAACAAAACAAUGUCAACGCCGUGCCCAAGGCUAUCCCUGUAAGUCCUGGUGCGUUGGACGAUGAUGAUGAAGAUGAAGGUCACACUGUAGUGGCAACGGCACGAGGAAUCUUUAACAGCAAUGGUGGAGUCCUGAGUUCCAUUGAAACCGGUGUCAGUAUCAUCAUCCCACAAGGAGCCAUUCCUGAGGGAGUGGAACAGGAGAUCUACUUUAAAGUAUGCAGGGAUAACAGCAUCCUACCCCCCUUGGACAAAGAGAAAGGAGAGACGCUGCUCAGCCCGCUGGUGAUGUGUGGACCUCAUGGACUGAAGUUCCUGAAGCCUGUGGAGCUGCGCUUACCUCACUGUGCGUCUAUGACCCCUGAUGGUUGGUCUUUUGCUCUAAAAUCCUCCGACGACUCGUCGGGUGAUCCUAAGAGCUGGCAGAACAAAUCCCUUUCUGGGGAUCCUAACUAUCUUGUCGGAGCAAACUGUGUGUCCGUUCUCAUCGAUCACUUUUGAAGCGGGAAGCAGCUGGUCUGUUCAUGAAUGUGAAAACUGGGAUUAUGUCCUUUUUCAGGGACUCAACCACUUUAAUUAAGUAUUAAUCAUGUUCUCAAAGAUUUGGUUACUGAAUUUUACACAAAAAUCAACAAUGUUCAGGUUCUCUUUUAAGUGCUGUUCAUUUUGGUGCUUAAAAGCUUACAAAGAACUAGUCUCUUGAACCCUUGUUCAAAUGCAUGCCCCAUGCCACAUAUUUUGAAUCCUGUUUUAAGCCAGGUUUCCUAGUCUUACUACUUUUUGUGAGGAUUUCCAUGGGUUAGAAAGGUAUUGAAUGAGAGAUGAUGACUAUUUAAAACUGCAGUGUUAGCGGUUUUAAUGGCUAUACUUCUUAGAUUGUGGAGAUGUUGAUGUGCUCUGCCAUUAAGGGUGUUGGCAAUCAUCUUAAAAACACUUAAAGAUGAAAUUGACAUGUGAAGGGUUUUUCAGAUACAGCUAGGAUUUGUAAUGCUGUAAUUUUUGCUUAGCAUUAAUCAGUUGACCUUAUUUUACUUUAGGUAAGUGCACUGCAUUUUGAUUAGCAUUGGAACUCUCCCAUUUUAAAGGGACACUAUGCAUGUGCUAUGACUGGUUCUGGUGCCUGCUCAACCUUGUACAUUCACCACCGUUAUUCUCUUAACAAGCAGGGAUGCCUUACCCUUUAUUUUUCACUUUCAUUUUGAAGGGUUUCAUGACUUAGAAACCUUUUGCAUUUUUGUUUUUGGAUUUAUAUGAAUGAUAAAUUAUGAAAAUGUGUAAUUUUUUUCCAUUGUAUAAAACAAGUACACAAGAACAGUAAAGGUUGAGAAAGAUGUGCUUUUUUUUUUCUUCUAUGCUUUUGGAAAUUCCAGAUGCAGAAAGUGUGGCUGUACAUACUGCUAGCAUAUCACCUUGGUGCUUGGUUUGUAAAUUAACUUUUUGUAUGUCUUUUUUGUUACUUUGUAUAAAACAAAACUGAAAAAAAGUUUCUAAAAAAGGAUAUCUUUGUAUUCUGGUAUACCCUUGAGGCUUGGAACUUGUAACCUUAGCCGUAAUCAAACCAACUUUUCUACCAGUAUAUACACUACAUUUUUAACAGUCACAGGAACUUUUUAUGUUUAUCUACAAAAAAAGAGCUUGGUUUAAAUGAAUUUAAAACUCUGUAUUCAAAGGGUAUGCUUUGAAAAGUGUUCCCUUCAUUUAUUUGUGAUACUGGAUGCUGUACUGUGUGCCCUAAAAUGUAUUUUUGUACUAAUAGACAAUUUAUUAUGGCACAGCAGUACUAUUUUCUUUAGAUAUUAUAACACUGCUUUUAUCAGAUAUUAGCUGUUCUUCACGUGUGGCUGAUUUUUUUCCCCCUUUUCUUUACAACACAUUUCUAAGUAUACCACUGAAUUAAUUAAUAAAACAUUUUUUAAGUAA